UAUCAGUUCUUCAGGAUUCUUACUUCUUUUGAAGAAAAAAUUAGCAACCAAUAGCUAAGCUGAUAUAAAUGGAAACUCAGGAUUCUUACGAGGAGUUCGAACCCAUGUGCAAAUGGCGAACAGAAGAACACCAAUACAUUCUCGAAGUCCAUCUCAAAGGUUUUGAGAAAGACCAGUUAAAGAUUCAAAUCAGCAGAAAUGGUGUCCUGACGAUCAAAGGAAAACGUCCGAUCGAUGGAAGUAAAUCGUCCGGAUUUCAGAAAACGGUAAACGCUCCAAAGGAUUGCAGAAAAGACGGGAUUCGUGCAAAGUUAUCAAAGGGUAUUCUUACCAUAACAAUGCCGAAGAAAACUCAAGAAAAUGAAAAACGAAGCUGUGGUCAGCCCGCAACAGGUAGUGGAGUAGCAACGUUGGAAAGGAUUAACGCCAGAAGAUGGUUUACUUCCCUGAAGGAUUCGAUCGUGAGGAAUGAAAAAGGUGGAAGUACUGCACGGCGACUUGGGGCGGCGAUUGGUGUAGUGGUGGCGGUGACUGUUGGAGGAUAUAUAGCCUACAAAAUUCGCCAGUCUUUUCAUUUUUAAAGCGCAUUGUUGUCUAUUUGCUUAAUCCUGGCGUAUUUCAAUCAAUCCUACGAAAAUUAUUGUUGAUGAUGAAUGAUUUAUUGAAAUGAACUUCAUUUGCCUUCA